AUGGUCAUUGAGGCACCAGCUGUCCGACAAUACGCCGACCUCCGCCUACAUCACUUAAAUACUGCUACCAUGGCCUUUUAUGAUGUCUCUCUUUCACUCUCCCUCUUUCCAUCUCUCCCCCUCUCUCCUCUCCUUUCUCUCUCUCUCUCUCUCUCUCUCUCUCUCUCUGUAUGUCGAGCCUGUUCAUAUCUAUCUAUCUAUCUAUCUAUCUAUCUAUCUAUCUUGGUCUGUUUAUAUCUAUCUAUCUAUCUAUCUAUCUAUCUAUCUAUCUAUCUAUCUUGGUCUGUUCAUAUCUAUCUAUCUAUCUAUCUAUCUAUCUAUCUUAGUCUGUUCAUAUCUAUCUAUCUAUCUAUCUAUCUAUCUAUCUUAGUCUGUUCAUAUCUAUCUACCUAUCUAUCUUAUCCGUUCAUAUCUAUCUAUCUAUCUAAGUCUGUUCAUAUCUGUCUAGCAAUAUAUCUCAGUCUGUUCAUAUCUAUUUAUCUACCUAUCUGUCUGACACUUUAUUCAUAUCUAUCUAUCUAUCUAUCUAUCUAUCUAUCUUAG